AUGGCGACAGGUGCACGGGGCUCCAGCAGGAAGAUGGAGCCCCCGCCGGGGUUCACGUCGACCCCGAUGCACCCGCCGAUGCCAUGGGGCAUGCCGCGGACGCCUGCUCCGAAUGGCGCGCCGCACUUCGCGCCGCCGCCGUUUAGCCGAUCACGUGCUCGUCGGCAGCCGACAGCUCCAUCGGCUCCUCGCUUCCCGACCGCGGCUACGACGACGUACCAGACGACAGGUGCUCCUGCUCCGCCUUCACCUCCACCUGGAUGUGGGGUGCGAUGUCCUCAAGGACAUGCCGGCGCCGGUGCGCGGCCUCCUCCUCAGUCAGGACCGCUGUCACACCACCCCAUCGUAAGCACUUCAAUCCCUCUCUUCCUGAUAGAUGAUAAUGUGGAUGUGUUCGAUGAUAUUGUAGCAGCUCCGACUGAUGUGCAUGUAGAUAGUAUUCAUGUCAGUGUGCACUGCAUGUGA